UGAUAGUUGAUCCGUCCGUGCGUUCGGUCGGUCUCGGUCGUGGUCGUCGUAGGUGUAUUGUAGAUUGAUUGUGUGUUCGUUUGGUUUUGUGGAGUUCUAGUUUGGAAUUUAAAUUAAAGUUACUCAUAAAAUAUAAUGCACAGAAUAUUUAUCUUUCUAAAAUUCGUGGGAGUGUCAUCUAUAUAAACCAGUUCUUUUUUAAUUCAUGGCAAAAUUAAUGUUUUACAUUUUGAUAUCGAGUUGGCCAAGUUCGGUGUAAAAUAAUUGGCGUUAUAACAGCUUCCUGUUAUGGUUACUGUUUACAGUUCUGAUUUACACAAUAAUGUAAAGCAGUGCACGUCACAUUCCUUUACAAAGCACUGAAAUUAUACUGUUAGUAAAUUCAUACAAAAUGCGUGUGUAUACUAAGAGACUUUUAAUCGCGAUUGUUUGUUUAUUAUUAAUAUGGUUAGUUACUCUGUACUCAUCAAUGAUAGAGGUGCCACGGUCGCUUCUGGAGGCGCACGAUGUGCAAAACAUGGAGAAAAGGAUAGAAAUCUUGCACCAAGAAUUAAAUUAUCAGAAGGUGCAAACUAACCAAUUGAAAAUAAAACUAGAGGAGGUGAAGAGUGCUCAGGAGGCAAGAGGUAUUAAUAUAAACGACGAUGAACUCGGCAGAGUUGAUGAUUUUGACAGUCCAUUGAUUCUCCCAAUCUUGGUGAUGGCUUGCGACCGGGUCACAGUGGAGAGGUGCCUCGACAAUCUAGUUAAAUACAGACCGGAUAAAACAAUAUUCCCCAUCAUAGUGAGUCAGGAUUGUGACCACAACGCGACGUACCACGUGAUCAAGAAAUUCACAGACUCAGAUCCGUCCAUAAACGUGGUGAAGCAACCUGACCAGUCGGUCAUACCACUGCCCCGGGCCAAGGUUAAGUUUGUGGGGUACUACAAAAUCGCGCGACACUUCAAGUUCGCGCUUAACUAUGUGUUCAACACGUUGGGCUAUGAAGCUGUUAUUAUUGUUGAAGAUGACCUGGACAUUUCUCCAGACUUCUACGAGUACUUCUUGGGUACUUAUUCGCUGCUCGUGCAGGAUCCCAGUCUAUGGUGCAUAUCGGCGUGGAAUGACAACGGAAAGCCUGACGUCAUCGAUAUGUCCACCCCAGAGCUGCUGCACAGGACUGACUUCUUCCCGGGACUCGGCUGGAUGAUAAGGAAGCAUACUUGGAUGAAACUAGAGUCGAAGUGGCCGCCCGCGUUCUUCGACGACUGGCUCCGCAACCCCGAAAACACCGAAGGCAAGGCAUGCAUCCGACCGGAGAUAUCCAGGACAUACACUUUUGGCAAGGUGGGGGUCAGUAAAGGGUUGUUCUUCGAGAACCACCUGAAGACCAACGUGCUCAACAAACAGUUCGUCGAGUUCACAAAACUGGACCUCAACUAUUUGCUGAAGAAAUUCUACGACCCCUCCCUGGAUACGCUGUUGGACUCCAUGCCAACAACAACAAUAGAAGAACUGGAGGACAUGCGCGCGGGCACGGUCCCGGUCAAGCUGACGUACCUCAACUCCAAGAGCUACCAGCACCAAGCUAGGAUGCUUGGCCUUAUGGACGAUUUCAGGAGCGGAGUCCCACGCACCGCGUAUCGCGGUAUAGUCACGUGCAAGUACCGAGGUCGGCGGGUCUAUCUCGCGCCUGCUUUUCGAUGGGAGAAGUACGAUCCAUCGUGGGGCUAGCGAUCGUUACAGCAGACGCUCAAUAUUAGAUAGACCACGGUGAUUUCACUUAAAAAAAAUACAAUCAAGUGGAUAGAAACUAAAAAAAAAAUCUAUGGAUUGGCAAUAUAGUGAUCAUAGUGUUUCUACUAAAAUAAAAUUUAAUCAAUCGGCUAUAGAGUGAUCAUAAGUGUUUCAACAUAAAAAAAACAUGAAGUGACUACACAUAUAUAGUGAUCAUUCAAGAGUUUCUUUAAAAAAAAUUAAUCAAUCAGCUAUAUGUAGAGUGAUCAUUGCGUUUUAAUAUUAAAUAAAUUAAUCAAGUGGCUAAAGAGUGAUCCAAUUAAAAAUUAGUCAAACAAGUGGCAUAAACAUGGUCAUCAUCUGAGUUUCUACUAAAAUAAAAUUCAAUUGAUCGGCCAUAGAGUGAUCAUAGUGAUACAAAUAAAAAAUAAUAAUCAA